GACUGUUAUGCGGUGCUGUGUAAGUUCUCACGGCACUAAGAACCACAGCUUUCGUUUAUCAACUUAUUGAUCUGAUAACGUCCCUUUCACAUGGAAUAACUUCACGGCGAGAGUUUCCGCUUUGACGUUUCUCGUGUUACAUCCAAACCCAUUAGCUUUCAGUUCAGGUGAACGCCUCCAUUGUGUUACUCGACGUGGUAGGAAUAUUUUCAACGCCUUGACUGAACAAUUAGCGGCACAGCCCGGCCACCGUGCAAAACAAGCUAAAUAGUUGGCUGUGGAAAGCGUCUUGGAGCUAAAAUGGACAGAUUCUUUUCGAUCGCUGUGCUUCUCUAUGUGUCUUGUCAAUUCCAGGUGGCGUUGGGACAGAAUGGAGACGGAGACAUUUGUAAGGAGGUGGUCUGUCCAAGGGGACAAAUGUGCAUGCCUUUAAUGGACAAUGGAGUAAAGUUCACCGUCUGUCAAUGUCCGAAAUCCUGCCCCGCGGAGUUGAAUGAACCUGUUUGUAGUUACUACAACAGAGAAUUUAAGAACCGGUGCGAGAUGCAUAAGUACGCAUGCGCACACGACUUGACUAUGAAGGUCAAGAACCAAGGAAACUGCCCUUCAGAGAAUCCAAACGUCUGUUCAGAUCUCCAGCUGCUUCAGUUCCCGAGCCGUUAUUUGGAAUGGAUUAUGGUUGCUCGUGAGCACUCCCUUGACCCUACCUUCAACUUAGACUUUGAUGCUCGUGCUGAUUCGCUCACUGAAGACGAACGUCGAGAAGUCCUUUCGUGGGAAUUUGAGUACAUAGACAAAGACGACAAUAAUAUUCUCGAUACAGCGGAGAUUGAUGAGGUGUUUGAUGAUGUGCUUGACUUUGAGCCUUGCCUUUACGGCUUCCUGAAGUCAUGUGACCUGAACGGAAGAGAAGGAAUUGACAAGCGCGAGUGGGAGUCCUGUUUUCCAGUUACAGCUGGUACGGCUUUCGAAACCAGGAAAUGAAUAGCAAAACCUUGUGAUGCCUCAAGACGCGUUUGAAUAUUUUUCGCCCUCAGCUGUCGACUCAUCUCGUUGGACAUACGGUUCUUUAUGGCUUCAUUGGAUAUGAAGUGUUGGGGUGGAAAACUUUUAACUGAUGUUUAAGCGAGUGGUAACCUUGACAGAGGAAGAGCUGUUACAAAUUGCACAUUUUGAAAAAUGAAUUUCGUUGUUGUUCUUUUUUGGUUUGUUGUAACCUCUGAUGUCGUUUUUUUUUUUUGGUAGAAUAAAGGUCGGCAUGCAGUUCAGAACAUGUUGCGGGUACGUGAAGCUGGGACAAGCCUCUUCGUGUGUACCCAUAGAACGCGUGUUGCAGCACACGAAGCGGUAUGAGGCAUAAUAAUUUGUUGUAGUGGGGACAGUUGGCAAGAGCUAUGCACACCAUGGGACAUGUCUCUGCUUCAUAACACGAAUUCAACCCAACUGAAUCUUAUGCAAUAUGUCGCGGAGAUAAAAUUUGGUCCCCCCAACAGAACAUUUUCGCAAAAACGGGCAUGUCACACGAGGAAAACUGCAACUUGUUUCCGCUUCAUGUUCCCCCGCAACAUGUACCCAAGUGUGUGUGCCGACCCGGCUUGAUAUUUUGAUGUUUCUUUUGGUUUCGCUGAUGACUGUGUAUAUAGUGCUAGUGUUCCUUGGAAGUAGAAUAAAGCUUUGAUUGUUCUGUUAAUUUU